AUUGACAAUUUAAAGCUCUAUUUUUCCAAAUCGUAUUGUCAUUAUAAGUAUAAAAUUCAAAAAAAAUAUUUUGAACUUUAGCCAUAAUGCUGCAUCUACGUUUUGUAUUACGAUUAAACAGUAAACCUGAAACAUAUAAAUACACACAACGCUUUUAUGCGAAGGAAGUUAAAUUUGGCCCCAAUGUUAGAUCGGUAAUGCUUCAAGGAGUCGACGUUCUUGCCAACGCUGUUGCUGUGACUUUGGGACCCAAAGGUCGCAAUGUUAUUAUAGAACAAAAAUUUGGACCACCGAAAAUAACUAAAGAUGGUGCGACUGUAGCUAAAAGCAUAGAGUUGAAAAACAAAUUUCAAAACAUUGGUGCGAAACUCUUACAAAAUAUAGCAAAUAAGACUAACGAGGAAGCUGGAGAUGGUACCACAACAGCUACAGUUUUAGCUCGUGCUAUAGCAAAAGAAGGUUCCGACAGUAUUUUAAAAGGCGCAAAUCCAAUUGAAAUCAGAAAAGGUAUUAUUUUAGCUGUUGAUGUCGUCACAGAAAAACUAAAGGCAAUGUCGAGAUUAGUUCAAACCCCUCAAGAGAUAGAACAAGUCGCUACAUUGUCUGCCAAUGGUGAUUCAUCUGUUGGAAAACUUAUUACAGCAGCUAUAAAUAACGUAGGAAAAGAUGGUGUUGUAGCAGUUAAAGAAGGUAAAACCUUAAAAAAUGGUUUAGAAAUAAUUGAAGGGAUGUCUUUCCAACGAGGAUUUAUUUCUCCUUAUUUUAUUAAUUCCGUUAAGGGGCCUAAGGUUGAGUAUACUGACGCCCUUGUUCUUUAUUCUGAAAAGAAAAUAUUUACUGCCCAACAAAUUAUUCCUGCUCUAGAGAUUGCAGGGACACAUAAAAAACCAUUACUUAUUAUAGCCGAAGAUUAUGAAACAGAACCUUUAUCUGUGUUAGUCCUUAACAAAUUAAAGAUUGGUUUACCAGUGGUAGCCGUUAAAAGUCCCGGUAUAGGUCAACACAGAAAGAAUCUGUUAGAAGAUAUGGCGACAGCUACAGGAGGUGUCGUUUUUGAAGAUAAUGCUAAUUUGAUCCGACUUGAAGAUUGCCAAUUAGAAAGUCUAGGCAGAGUUGGAGAAAUAGUUAUUACAAAAAAUUCGACAUUGAUGCUUAAAGGAGAAGGUGAUAAGAAGGAGAUAACACAGCGCAUUGAACAGAUUCGAGCGGAGUUUGAAAAUACAAAAAGCGAUUUUGAUAAGAAGCGCUUAUUGGAACGCAUAUCAAUGUUAAAAUCUGCAGUAGCUGUUUUGCUUGUAGGAGGUAGUAGCGAAGUAGAAAUUGGUGAAAAAUCAGAUCGCAUCAACGAUGCUCUUAGCGCCACACGUGCUGCAAUUGCUGAAGGCAUUGUUCCGGGAGGUGGUGUUGCAUAUUUACGAUGUAUUCCUGAUUUAAAAGAAAUAAAACCGAGCAAUCAAGACCAGGCUACUGGAAUAGAGAUUGUCAAAAGAGCUCUUAAUGCUCCUUGUUUCACAAUCGCACAAAAUGCAGGGCUCGAAGCACCACUGAUCGUUUCUAAAGUGAAUUCUAUGUGUAAUGGAUGGGGUUACGAUGCACUAAAUAAUGAGUUUGUUAAUUUAUAUGAUAAAGGUAUAGUAGAUCCAACUAAAGUAGUGAGGACCGCACUAAGAGAUGCUAGUGGCAUUGCAUCUUUACUUACUACCGCAGAAGCUGUUAUUUGUGACUUUUCGAAAACUGAAGAAAAACCCAUGAAACUUCGUGAUCGUAAUCGAGAAAUGUCCUUCGCAAACACGUGUUGAUUUAUAAUAUUAUUAAAAGUAUAAAAUUAAAUGGCUAUUAAUAAAA